UCUCUUACCAGAAUAUGCAAUUAAGCAUUUUCUUGUCCAUCCACACUUUUUCCUUAUUAGUUCAUUCCUCCAUACUCGUAAAUUUAUGACUUAUUUUCUUCGCUAAUUUUGCAUUUCUACUUAUGGAAAUUAGUAACAUUGAAGUCCCCGAGUAUUUCAUCUGUCCAAUUUCUCUACAAAUAAUGAAAGAUCCAGUAACAACAAUUUCAGGGAUCACCUACGAUCGAGACAGCAUUGAGAACUGGUUAUUCAAGAAUCACAACACAAUUUGUCCAGUCACGAAGCAACCUUUGCCAAGAGAUUCAGAUUUGACUCCAAAUCACACUCUCCGCCGUCUGAUCCAAGCAUGGUGCACUGUGAAUGCUGCAUAUGGUAUUGAUCGAAUUCCGACGCCGAAACCUCCACUUAGCAAAUUUUAUGUACUGAAUCUUGUUAGAGAUCUUUGGCUCCCUGAUUUGCAAGUGAAAACACUGCAAAAGUUGGAAGGAAUCGCUGUGGAGAAUGACAGAAAUAAAAGUUACAUGGUGGAAGGUGGUUUAGUUAAGGCCUUGAUGUAUUUUAUCAUAUCAUGUCAUAGGAAACGUCAAACAGAAGGUUUAGAAGAGGCUCUAAGUCUGUUUUACCUUAUUCGAGGUUUAUUAGGCCAAGAAAAGACACCCUUGUCCCAAAACGAAGAAAUCGUCGAAUCCUUAACUUGGGUUUUAGGUUUCGAUGGGAUUCUUGAUCACGUAGCCCUGAAAGUGCACGCCGCAUAUGCACUGAAAGCCGUUACCGAAAAGGCAAAUUCAAGCACGCUAGCAAAAUUGAAGCCAGAAUUUUUCGACAAGAUUGUUCGUGUUCUACGGGGUGAUAUCUCACAGCAAGGAUUAAAUGCCCUUUUACACGUUUUUCUAAAAACUUGUCCAUUUGGGAGAAAUCGGAUAAUGAUGAUCGAAGCCGGGGCAGUUUUCGAGCUCAUUGAGCUUGAAUUAAAUAUCCCAGAAAAGAAAACCACAGAACUUAUACUGGGAAUCUUGUUUCAUUUAUGUUCUUGCGCAGAUGGAAGGGCUCAACUUCUGAAUCAUGCGGCUGGUGUUGCAGUAAUCACAAGGAGGAUUCUGAAUGUUUCAAACACAGCAGAUGAUAGAGCCAUUUUGAUUAUUUCAGUGAUCUCUAAGUAUUCUGGAACUAAUGGGGUACAGCAGGAAAUGUUGAGGGUUGGAACUGUAGUGAAGCUGUGCAUGGUGCUACAAGCAGAUUGUGCCGUACAUCUAAAGGAUAAAGCAAGAGAAAUCCUAAGAACACAUUUUGAUGUGUGGAAGGACUCUCCUUGUAUUGAUCUUCCCACCUUAACAAGGUACACAAGGUGAUCCAUAUCGGAACGGUACUAAAUGGUACCAAAGAUCGAAAUAAGGUUAAAAUUUUGUUCAUCGUACUAUUCAGUUUUGUUAAGUUCUAUGUGAGGAACAUUAUAGUCAUUAUUGGACUUUGUGCCGUUGAAAUUGAUUUAGUUUGAUGAUAAUGAUCCUUUUUCAAUUUUUUUUUUUCCCUUUUCUCUGGAUAAGUACUGCUAUAUGUAGUAAGAAAUUAUCCUAAUUUAUUUCAUCAAUGUAACAAUAAACAGGGAUAAGAUUUUCUACAAUCUAGUGGUAUAUAUAACUGAAAAUA